UAAAGACCUAGGCUACUUCUGAGACCUUGACUUGAUGAAGCGCGCUUCAGAGCGCCAAAUAUUAUCUUGAGUUUUUGUAGUAUAUUUCCGACAGGUGCAAAUCCGCAAGGUUAAAGUGGCAUUCAGCAUUAUUGGCCAUCCAGGGGGAUUGUAAGGUCUUCUCUCAGCAUUAUUUCUGAUAUAGGCCGUCGCAGGGCGGUGCAGAGGCUAAAGACUGAGGUGUCAGGAGCGGAGGAAGGACCAUGCUGUCUCUGAGCUGUGCGGACCCCUGGCCUGAGGGCUCGGUGGUGCUGGAAGAGGAAGUGGUGACUGCCGCGGCCCAGUCCGAGGAGCUGGAUCUGGACGGGAACUCGGUCAAUCUGGACGACAGCCUGACCAGCCUGCAGUGGCUGCAGGAGUUCUCCAUCCUCAAUGCCAGUGUGCCGCAGCAGACCCCACUAUCCACCCAUCACCAGCCUUGCUUCUUCGGCCAUCAGCGGUUGGGCUCCGAGGCCCCUGCAUCCCCCCUGGCGGGGGACCCUGCGUCCAUGGGGAUGCCCCUAACCCCGGGAAAACCCACGGCGGCGGCCUACACGAGGAUGCAGUCCCUGCCAGCCCUCCCCGGCCUGGUGGCCCACGGUCACUGCCCCGAUGAGGUGGACUACAAGACGAAUGCCCACAUCAAGCCGCCGUACUCGUACGCCACUCUCAUCUGCAUGGCCAUGCAGGCCAGCAAGAAGACUAAGAUCACCCUGUCCUGCAUCUACAAAUGGAUCACUGACAACUUCUGCUACUUCCGCCAUGCAGACCCCACCUGGCAGAACUCCAUCCGGCACAAUCUGUCCCUGAAUAAGUGUUUCAUCAAGGUGCCUCGGCAGAAGGACGAGCCGGGAAAGGGGGGCUUCUGGAAGAUAGAUCCCCAGUAUGCCGAGCGCCUCCUCAACGGGGCCUAUAAGAAGAGGCGGAUGCCCCCUGUUCAGAUCAACCCUGCCCUGCAGAACAGGCUGAAGGCCGGCCCCCAGCCCCUCCCCAGGAGCUUCUGGAACAGUACUGGAGGACAGAGCGGCCUGUGCAUCAACCCGGAGGCACAGCAGCUCCUCAUGGAGUUCGAAGAGGCCACUGGGGCUGACCAGAACUGGGAUCCCCAUCUUGCCGAGGGCACCAUGCUUGGGGCUUGGCCUGCGGGAAAGGGAGGCCCUGGACACAAGAGGAAACUGGGUCCCAGGACUGCCAUGGCCAAAGUCCCCCGGCGCUCUAGCUCCCCUUUGCUUUCUGUGGAAGAGCAGAGGGAACUGGGCUCCCUGAAGGGAAACUUUGACUGGGACGCCCUCCUGGAUUCUGCUCUGAGCGGGGAGCUGAGUCUUGAUGGAGGGGGUCCGCUGAGCCCCAUCCCCCAGGAGGAGGACCUGAUGGUGCGGGGAACCCACAUUUGCCCCCUGGAGGCCCCCAGAGGGACAGCAGACAGCAACCAUGUUCUGGCGGAAACCCAGAGGAGCAGGGAAACAGACUUCGACGAGGAAACGUUCCUGGCCACAGCGUUUCUGCAGAGCCCCUGGCCUGAGGAAGAGGAUCAGGGAUCUACUAACUUCUUGUGCAGCUCCACAGUCAACCUGGAGCAGCUCUUUGAUCUGGGAGACUCCCUUGGAGGAGAUCUCAGCAGCAAGAUAGAGUGUCUUCUUUGAACACACAUCUUUGACCUCCAAGACAAUUUGACUAUAUUAUGAUUCCUUUUUAAAUAAAAAGGCACCACAUGAGCUCAAGUGACCUUUUUACACAAUAACCAACAUUCUGCAUUAACGCAAUUUAUAGGUUUUGAGAUUGUUUAUUGACAAAAGUUUAAGAAGACUUCCUUAAUGCCUCCAGAGCAAAUAUUCCACAAUGAACAAAUUGUUACUGGACAGUAAACAACAUCAACGCUAUUGUUGGGAUCAUGACAUUGGAUAACAGACAUUAUCUAAAAAAAAAAUUGAGGACAUGAAAACCCAAUAUAUCUUUGUUUACAGUCUGAAUGCAUGUGUAGUAUGGAUUGCAGGUUGACAUGGAUAGAGGAAUUGCAAUCCACGGGCGAGCAGCAGAAUCAACAUUAGAAUCAACAUUUUAGCAACAAACAUUUAUUAUGCACUAGAAUAAAUCAACAAAGACUUUACAGUUAGAUCAACAUAGACUACAGCUGAUGUGCUCUUUGUAAGUUUUGGACAGUUUGAGAUGCAAGGCCAAUAGCAGCUAAUAAUGAGAUUAGGUUUUGUACAUUAUGCAACGUUUUAGCUGCUUAAGAGUAGGUGGUUUGGCAUGCUGAAUAUUUUAUAAAGAGUCAUUAAAGGUUUAAAUGACCACCUCCCAGGGAAUUUUCCUCCUAUUUGUUGUAAAGAUCUUAUUAAUGUUUAGGAGAUAAAAUGAUCACAUUGCUAAUGAAUUAUAACUUUUGAAAGUCAUGGAACAUAGUGUAGUUAUCAGACUUCAGGAAUCUCUGUCCUGAGCUGAAUGUUCUACUGAGCAAAUGAAUAAUGGAACUUGAAAGGUGAAGGCAAAAAGGUACUAUGAUCAUCAAUGAGGAGAUGUUUGCCAAAUUAAUACUGGUUAGAAGAGUUUUAGGACAGAAAAGUUGUUUGUGUGGGGCUUUCUAUAAAGACUUUGGAAAUGUCUUCUUCAAAUAAUGGCGAUUUUGUUGACAGUUGUUGACAGAGUUUUAUAUUGGAGAAUUUUAAACCGAUUCUUUUGACAGUUUAGGAUUUUCGUAUCAUCAGCAGUACGUGUAAAUUACAUCCAGUAAUUAUUAAUUCAACCUACUUUCCAAGAUAUGGACACAACUGAAACUCUGGCCUUGAUCAUGUGAGAUAUUUAGUGAGAUAUUGAGUCAGUAAGUUAACUGGUCAUGGAGCAUUAGAGGACAGAGCUAGAUGUCGUAAAGUUCAUUCCAAUGCAGAAUCCCUCAAGGCAAGCCUCUCUUUUAAAGAACUGCCUUAAAUACCCACUUUGCAAAGGCCACAGUGGCUUGUAAAUGAAUACCUGACCUUCAGGUUGGAUGUGCCAAGAACAACACUUUGGAUCAGACAGAAUGGCAGUGUUAGAAGCCUUGUUUUUACCAUGGAAAGCAGAUGGAAGCUUAUUGGCCAAGAAUGGAAAUAAUGCAGAUGUGAUUAUCUAGUAGAUAUGCAGAAAUGACAUGGACAAAUAUUCAGAUAAGAUACUUGCUUUUUUAUUUGAAGUAGCUUUUUCAUUCCAAUACUUUGUCUUUCCUUUGGUCUCACUAAACCAAAUCACUGUUUCAAAAAAUGAGCAACUUUUAGGACAUCAUUGUAUUUAAAUGUGCUAAUAGUUGUAAUCUUGCAGAAUAACCACCCCUGGUUUAUGCGUUUUGUAAUUCCACCAUGAAGUGUGAAAGUGCAAUCAAUGUACAGUUAACUGGUCUAUUUUGCAUUACAUUGAAGGGUAGUAAUGCAGUUUACUUAGUUAGAGCCAGUAUAUAUUUUAUUGUGUUUUACAUAACAGUUAUAUUCUGAUGAAAGAGAGGUACUCCUGUAUGUUUUCAGUUCUUAGCUCUUCCAAAUUGUCCAUACUGGGACCUUACCUCAAGAUUUGUUUUCUAAUGGUGAUGUCCUCUAUAGAGAUAUGCAUUUGUACUUCCCUCUGUUAUUUUUCUGUUUUUCACUGACAAUAAAACACCUUUG